UUGGUUUAGUGCUUUCUCUAUUUGAAAAAUAGUAUUAAUUAAAAGUUAACUUUUAAAGAAUUUUUGUUGUUGUUUAUGAAGAUGUUUAACGAGUAGCGACUAUCUAUCUACAGAGAAUGUUUAGACAGUUUUAACAAACAGAAUCAGUUUUCAAUUUCAACUGAUUUUAAGGUCAAAAUUGACUCAAACUCUUGAGAGAAGCAUUGCAUUGCAUGUGAUGUUAACUGUCCCUCGCCUACACCACCAACAUUUUUCAAACAAUAAAUACCAAAGAGUGAAGCAAAGAUUGAUAUGAUGAAAGACAACAGUGACUCAUGAUAUGAAGCUUCCAGUGUUGUCUUUUGUGAGAAGUUUGAGUUUCAGUUCAUGGGCUUUAGCAUUAAGGAACGCUUCUUCUUCUUCUUCUUCUCCAAGGAAAGCCAUGCAUCUCUACUCUAAACUGCAUCGUACAGGAGUUCCCUUUGAUAGCUUCUGCAUCGUCUUCACCUUAAAAUCGUGUACCUCCCAUUUGCACAGUUUGACCAUCAUUCAACACCUCCAUGCCCACAUCAUCAAACUCGGCUUUGCCCCCACCCACCUCCAUGUUGCAAAUUGUCUCCUCAAUGCCUACGUUCUGCUCUCUUUUCUUGAUGCUUGUAUAUUGUUCGAUGAAAUGCCGAACAGGAAUACGGUCACGUGGAACACCAUGAUUGUGGGGUAUUCGAGAUCAGGGGAUGUCCAGAGAGCACGUGAGGUGUUUGAGGAAGCGCCGCAGAGAGACAGCGUUUCGUUGUCUUCCAUGAUUUCUGCUUAUAACAACAUUGGAAGCAGCAAGCAGGGUUUGUCCCUUUUCCGGCGUGUGUUGUUGUUCGAGGGGAUAAAACCGGACCAGGUAACCGCUGGUGCGGUUUUAUCAGGAUGUGCCCACAUGGGUUCUCUUGGAUUGUUGGCUGGGAAGUCAGUGCACGGUUUCAUUGUGAAAAAUGGGUGGGAGUUGAAUGCAGAGUUAGGUGCCACUCUGGUUAACAUGUAUGCUAAAGGUGGAGUUUUGAGAAAUGCUGCAAUGGUUUUUGAGUUAAUGGUUGAAAGAAAUGUGUUGUCUUGGACGGCGCUGAUUUGUGGUGCUGCCCAAUGGGGUUUCUGUGAAGAAGCACUUGUUGUGUUCGAGAAGAUGCGGGUGGCUGGAGUCAGACCCAAUGAACUCACUUUCACCGGGGUGCUUAGUGCUUGUGCUCACGCUGGGUUGGUGGAGGAGGGACGAAGGUACUUCAAGAUGAUUGAGGACUAUGGCAUGGAACCAAAAGUUCACCAUUAUGCAAGCUUGGUGUAUUUGGUUGGGAAAAGUGGGAGGCUAGAGGAAGCUUAUGAGAUUAUCAAAACAAUGAAAGUGGAGCCAAAUGUUGUUGUAUUUGGUUCCUUCUUGUCAGCCUGUAAGGAGCACAAGCAAUUUGAGAUGGCCGAGAGGGUGAUUGAGCAGGUCCUGAGGAUGGUAAAACCAGAAGAUGAUAGAGGGAUAUAUAGACUUAUUCAUGAUCUUUAUGUUAUGGGUGAGAAGUGGGAAGAGGCAGCAAAGUUAGGACCAGGGUUUGAUUUUAACAGAAGUGGAAUAAGAUGAAUCUAUCAUUUUUGCCUUUUGGAGUCAAUUUUCCUUUUUUAGGUUGAUAUUGACAGCAUAUUUGCUGGUGAGGAAACUAUAAGCCUAUUCUUUUUAUGCUUGUAACCUUGUACAUUAUAAUUCUUUCACUCACAAACUUCAAGAAGGAUUGAAACAAAUAUCAGAGCAUAUUGAGUUCACAGACCACUAAUCUCCUAUCAUAGCUCAAAAAGUUUUGAAACCACUGGCUUUAACUGCUCCAGCAAUGUAUGACAAAUCUAAGUGGAAGGUUGUCACUGCAGUUCAACUACCAGGACAGCAACGCGAGUGUAACCAGCCACAGCCACUGCUUUCCAAGUUUUCAGGAGCUGCAUUUCAAUCCUGGUGUAGCACUAAAUGGAUCUGUGACUUCAGUAGACAGUAGAUUUUGUUUUACUUUCUUUCCCUUUAUUUAACCCCCGUUGUCUGAAUUCCAAGUUUGACAGACUUGUCUAUAUUCUAUAAUAUUCUUUUAAAGUAAAACAAAUACUAAAAUAUAUUUAUACUCAACAUUUUUCAUCAUGCUUUUAGGGAUUGCUGAUUGGAUUGCAAAUUUUGCCGCCUUCCUUAUGGAGUUAGCAUCCGUGAAGAACCGACUGGGGGGUGGGGGGUUGUAUGUGCAUAGUUUUCCAAGAUAGUGUGCGAGGUUCUUUAGCAAGGUCUUUGUUGUUCCUUGAGACUUAUGUUACUUCCCUUAAGUUAGUCUUAAGAGCAGAUACCACUAUAGGCGAAUGAUAAGAUUCAAGGCCUUCUAUUUAGUCGGAUGCUUGUUUUUUUCGAAUAAGUAGUAGUAAGUUAUGUUGGCGUGCUAUAAAAUUUCAUUUUAAUGAUAGG